UGGGGAUCUGUGGCCCGGCUCUCUGCGCGUCCCCGUCCCCCCGCGGCCCGAGCCCCGGCCAUGAAGCGCAUCUUCUCCUGCUCCAGUUCACAAGUGGCGGUGGAGAAAUGGAACCGCCGAGACCAGAAGCUGCUGGAGGCCGUGCAGCGGGGGGAUGUGGGACGCGUGGCCGCCUUGGCCUCUCGGAAGUCAGCCCGACCCACUAAACUAGACUCAAAUGGCCAGUCCCCCUUCCAUCUGGCAGCCUCCAAAGGCCUGACAGAGUGUCUGACAAUCCUGCUUGCAAACGGGGCUGACAUCAACAGCAAGAAUGAGGACGGAAGCACCGCCCUUCACUUGGCCACCAUCUCCUGUCAGCCACAGUGUGUGAAGGUCUUGCUUCAGCAUGGUGCUAACGAAGAUGCCGUGGACGCAGAGAACCGUAGUCCGUUACACUGGGCAGCCUCCUCUGGCUGUGCCUCGAGUGUCCUCCUGCUGUGUGACCACGAAGCUUUCCUGGAUGUGCUGGACAAUGAUGGACGCACGCCCCUGAUGAUUGCGUCGCUGGGUGGUUACGCCACUAUCUGCUCACAGCUGCUGCAGAGGGGUGCCCGGGUGAACGUCACAGACAAGGAUGACAAAUCAGCUUUGAUCCUUGCCUGUGAGAAAGGCAGCGCUGACGUGGCUGAGCUGCUCCUGAGCCACGGAGCAGAUGCUGGAGCCGUGGACAGCUCAGGGCACAAUGCUCUGGACUAUGCUCUGCGUACACAAGACAAGGAGCUGUGGAGGCUGCUACAGCAGGCGCUGAACCGACGGCGGAGAGGCGGUCAUGGACUGGUUCAACACCCAGAUCACACACCUCAGGCCUCUCCGUCCGGGCCUCAGGUGGGGCCGCCUCCUAAGAGCCCCCGGAGAGCAGAGCCCGAGGAAGAGCAGGAGGAAAAGGAGGAGGAAGAGCAGUGCUCAGAAGAGUGGAAGUGCAGGUAUGAAGAGGAGCGGAAGAAAGUCUCUCAGCUGGAGCAGGAGCUGGCGCGAAAGACUGAAGAGUGCAAGGCUGGAGCAGCGGCCUUCUUAGGCCUAGAGACCCGGAUUAGAGAGCAGGUUCAAGAGUUGGAGCACAUCCUGCUGCGAGAGCCUGGCGCUCCAGGAAGACAGGGCCCUGGCCUCCGGCCUGGAGGAGAUGGUAUGGAGCAGGGCUGUCCCCUGACCCUGCUGGCUGAGAGGAUCCAAGAGCUGAAGAAGCAGCAGAGGGCAGCAGCCACAGUAGAGCUGACGUCAGCCUCCGAGGAAGCUGAAGAGUUAGCGCCAGCAGAGAUCCAGCGUGAAGCCCGCGGAAAGUCCCAACAAGAACAGGGGCGGCCCCAGAACUCAAGGCCUGAGAGCAUCGGAAACGGCGCAGGACGGCAACUCAUCAGCCAUGGGGGCCAGAACGCUGAGCAGGUGUGUGCUGGCCAGAAGGCGAGGUCCCCGGCUCUGGGGACUGACCCAGCGGGCGCACUGGGAGAACCAGCAGGCCUCGCAGCCAUGGAUCAGCUCCUCCUGCAGCUGAGGGAAGAGCUGGCCGCCGUGUGGCGGGAAAAGGAUGCUGCCAGAGGGGCUUUGUCGAGACCAGUGCUGGAGGGAGCCCUGGGGGCUCCCAGAGCUGAGGCUGCAGCAGCUGCUUGGGAGAAGAUGGAAGCCAGGUUGGAGAGGGUGCUGGUGAGGCUGGAUCGCGCAAAAGCGGGGCUGCAGGUGAGACCCGAGGCCCCUGCCCAGAGGUCCCGAGACGGGGCCCCCAAGGCAGUCCCAGGAUGCAUUAAAGAGCAGGAAGAAAAGAGGACGGCUCCCGGAGCCAGGGGGGAACCCUUAGGGGCCCCUGGAGGAGAACAGGCCUCAGGAGGCCUGGCGAAGGGCCCCCUGGAGAAAGAGGUGUCAGCACUGAGACUGAGCAACAGCAACUUGCUGGAGGAGCUAGGGGAGCUGGGGAGGGAGAGGCAGCGUUUGCAGGGAGAGCUGCAGUCCUUGACCCAGAGGCUACAGCGGGAGUUCGUGCCCAAGCCCGAGGCGCAGGUCCAGCUGCAGCAGUUGCGGCAGGACAUGGGGUCGCUGACGCAGGAGCUGGCCGCAGAGAAGGAGGCGACGGAGACGCUGCGCAGGCGACUGGCCUCCCACAACAGCUGCCUCCAGAGACUGUGGAACUGCCUCCCCCCAGACCUCGCGGGCAAGAACUCAGGCCCCCUGGAGGAGCUGCAGGCCUGCAUCAGCACCCUGGCGGGUAGGUACCAGGAGGCCCAGCAGGUGCUGGCUCGGUUGGAGGAAGAAAACCAGCAGCUGAGGGCAUCCCGGGCCCCCUGCGGGGAGCCGGAGGCGUCCCCCCAAGUGGCUGCCCUGGAAGAAGAUCUGGGCAAGCUGGAGGGAGAGCUCCGGGCCGUGCAGGCCACGAUGAGCGGGAAGAGCCAGGAGAUCUGCAAGCUCAAGAAGCUGCUCUACCAAGCCACGGAGGAAGUGGCCGAGCUCAGGGCUCGCGAGGCAGCCAGCCUGCGGCAGCACGAGAAGACGCGAGGCUCGCUGGUGGCCCAGGCCCAGGCCUGGGGCCAGGAGCUCAAAGCCGUGCUGGAGAAGUACAACACGGCCUGCCGGGAGAUGGCCCGGCUGCGGGACGCCGCGGCGGAGGAACGUCGCCGCAGCGAGGACCUGGCGGCGCGGGCGGCCGAGCAGGAGCGCCAGGCCGGCGAGAUGCGGGGUCGCUCGGAGCAGUUCGAGAAAACCGCCGAGCUGCUCAAAGAGAAGACGGAGCACCUCAUCGGGGCUUGCCGGGACAAGGAGGCCAAGAUCAAGGAAUUGUUGAAGAAGCUGGAGCAGCUUUCAGAGGAAGUUCUAGAAAUCCGGGGGGAGAAUGCCCACCUCGCCCUGCAGCUGCAGGAUUCCCAGAAGAACCACGAAGAGAUCAUCACCACCUACAGGAAUCAUCUCCUGAACGCUGCUCGGGGCUACAUGGAACAAGACGUGUACACGAUCCUCCUUCGAAUCCUCAGCAUGCAGGAGUGAGGCAGACUCACUGCGUACCCUCAGAGACAAUGGCAUUUCCCUUUUGUGAGUUGUGGGUGGAAGGUAACGGGGCGGGGGGGCUUUGGAGAAAGGACGUUAAGGAAGGACUGGGGUGGUUCCUUUUGCCUCUCGGGUGGCUCACGCUGGGGUGUCCCCUAGGGCAUAGAUCGUUCAAGGUAAAGUCAACUGUGGAGACGGAGUGUGGGGAGUCAGUAGGAGGAGUCAGGACCUUGUGGGGAGGCGGCUUGACAGGAAGGACCAACGGGAGUGACUGUGGGUAGAACAGACAGGGAAGAGCGCUGGAGCGUUUGGCUGGCGGAAGGUGCAGGGUAACGGGACAGCGGUGCGGUGGGACAGCAGGGCGGGACUUUCAGACCCCAGGCUUUUCAUUCGAAAACCGGCUCUCCCCCAGUCUCCUUCCUACUCCUUUGUGGCAGCCUGUUUCCCAGACUGGAGAGACAAGCCGCCCCUUUGGGGAGGUGGGCGUGACGAUGCAGAAUUGUGUGCAUCUCCUCUUGCGGGGAAUAAGAGCAUCGCCCGGUACAGUGAGGCUCGAUCAGGCUGUGGUGGGCGGGUGCGUAGGUGGGGGAUUGCCCACUAGGGGCGGUGUGGGUGAGGCUUCGAUGGACACGUGGACGCCAGACCUGAAAACCUGGACCCUGGAGUCAGCGCAGAUGAGACCAGAAUUGUGGAUGUAAAAACUAGCUCCAUGGAAAAUA